AUGGGAUGUUUCAGGCUCGAGAAAUUAGCUCUAGUUGUGCCCAAUUCUGAUAUUCUCUAUACCGCGGCGAAAAUCUCGCCCGACGGUCGCUUUAUCGCUAUUGGAGAAGACGCCAACGUUCUGGUCCAUGAUCUCGAAAAGGCACGUACAACAACGUAUCCAACCGCACACACACGGCCAAUUGCAAACUUGACUUGGUCUCCAGAUUCACAGUGCAUUGCGACUGCGUGCGACGAUUUCACCAUCACAAUCACACAUCUCGUGUAUGGAGAAUUGCAUCGACUGACGGGCCACACCGCGCCCGUCACAGCUCUGGUUUACACGCCCAAGGGCAAUCUGUUGUGCUCCUGUUCCGUGGACGAAAGUAUAAAAGUUUGGGACACGCUAGAGGGCAGACUUCUACGUACGAUGUCUGCGCAUUCGGAAUCCGUCGUUUCGAUUGAUAUCCCAACGUGCGACGCUAGCGUGCUUGCGUCGGGCUCUUACGACGGACUCAUCCGCGUCUUUGACACGGCUUCAGGCCACUGUCUCAAGACAUUGACCUAUGACAAGGACUGGCAAAGCGAAAACGGCGUGGUCCCCAUUUCACAAGUCAAAUUCUCCGUCAAUGGCAAAUACCUACUGGUGGCAUCUCUCGACGGCAUCAUAAAGAUAUGGGAUUAUUUACAAGGGCGCGUCGUUCGCACAUUUCGAUCUGGUGUCUCUAGCACACUGAAAUAUUCUUGUGGCAUGGAUUUUCUGUACCCAGCGGACCCUACAAAGCCCCCAGUGGUUGUCACCGGCACAGAAGAUGGGCACAUUUACUGCUGGGACGCUCAAGACAAAACUUUGUAUCAAGAACUCCUUGCUACCAACGACAAUUCUCCGCUCAUGUGCAUAGACUGUCGCGAACAAUACAUGUGUUCUCUUUCGCUUCGCGGAGACUGUAGACUGUACAAAUGGGUUGACGAUAAUUAA